AUGAGACGUGGAGGUGGGGGGAGAGAGCCAGAACCAGGCUUUAAGCGCCUGGCUUGGGGCCAGCCUGUGGGUCUGAGGCAUACAGGCUAUGUCAUUGAGCUGCAGCAUGUUGUCAAGGGUCCCAGUGGUUGUGUAGAGAAUCUAGAGGUGACCUGUAGACGAGUAGAUGCUAGAGAGAAGCCCAAGGCCUUUAUCCACUGGGUGUCACAGCCUCUGACAUGUGAGAUUCGCCUGUAUGAGCGAUUAUUCCAGCACAAGAACCCUGAAGAUCCUGUUGAGGUGCCUGGUGGAUUCUUAAGUGACCUGAACCCGGCAUCACUGCAAGUGAUAGAGGCAGCGUUAGUGGACUGUUCCGUCGCCUUGGCAAAACCCUUCAACAAGUUUCAGUUUGAGCGUCUUGGGUACUUCUCCGUGGAUCCAGACAGCCGUCAGGGACAGCUUGUUUUUAACCGAACUGUGUCACUGAAGGAAGACCCUGGGAAGGUGUGAGCUGGAAGCAUUGUGGACCUACCUCAUUGUGGACCUAUCUUCCACCUCCUGGGGAUGGGGGUAUCCUCACCACCCCAAACUCCAUGUCAAUAAAGAACAGCUAAAUUCCCCUGGA